UGGUACAUUCCGGCAGACUCCGCUCCCUCCUACUUCUCCGUGCCGGGGCCCGCAUGGCUGCCGGCAGGCGCCCGGCGGCCGCACAGCGGUCCGGAGCUGCCAUGGCCCAGUGGAGGAAAAAGAAGGGGCUCCGGAAGCGCCGGGGAGCGGCUUCCCAGUCCCGCAGCAGCGACUCGGAGGACGGCGAGUUUGAGAUCCAGGCGCAAGACGACGCCCGGGCCCAGAAGCUGGGACCUGGGAGACCCCUCCCCACCUUCCCCACCUCGGAAUGUGCCUCAGACGUGGAGCCGGACACGCGGGAGUUGGUGCGAGCCCAGAACAAGAAGAAGAAGAAGUCGGGAGGCUUCCAGUCCAUGGGCUUGAGCUACCCUGUGUUCAAAGGCAUCAUGAAGAAGGGCUACAAGGUGCCGACGCCCAUCCAGAGGAAGACCAUCCCAAUGAUCCUGGAUGGCAAGGACGUGGUGGCCAUGGCCCGGACGGGCAGCGGCAAGACGGCCUGCUUCCUCAUCCCCAUGUUCGAGCGGCUCAAGGCCCGCAGCGCCCAGACCGGGGCCCGUGCCCUCAUCCUCUCCCCCACCCGAGAGCUGGCCCUGCAGACCAUGAAGUUCACCAAGGAGCUGGGCAAGUUCACUGGCCUCAAGACUGCUUUGAUCCUGGGUGGGGAUAAAAUGGAAGAUCAGUUUGCAGCCCUGCACGAAAAUCCCGACAUAAUCAUUGCUACCCCCGGGCGCUUGGUGCAUGUGGCUGUGGAGAUGAACCUGAAGCUCCAGAGCGUGGAGUACGUGGUAUUUGAUGAGGCUGACAGGCUCUUUGAAAUGGGGUUCGCAGAACAGCUGCAGGAAAUCAUUGGCCGCCUCCCUGGGGGCCACCAGACUGUCCUGUUCUCUGCCACGCUGCCCAAGCUGCUGGUGGAGUUCGCCCGGGCAGGCCUCACUGAGCCCGUGCUCAUCCGGCUAGACGUGGACGCCAAACUCAACGAGCAGCUCAAGACCUCCUUCUUCCUCGUGCGGGAGGACGCCAAGGCCGCCGUGCUGCUCCACCUGCUGCGCAAUGUCGUGCGGCCCCAGGACCAGACGGUGGUGUUUGUGGCCACCAAGCACCACGCAGAGUAUCUCAGUGAGCUGCUGAUGACCCAACGAGUGAGCUGCGCCCACAUCUACAGCGCCUUGGACCAGACGGCCCGCAAGAUCAACCUGGCCAAGUUCACGCAUGGCAAGUGCUCCACCCUCAUCGUGACUGACCUGGCCGCUCGGGGCCUGGACAUCCCGCUGCUGGACAAUGUCAUCAACUACAGCUUCCCGGCCAAGGGCAAGCUCUUCCUGCACCGUGUGGGCCGCGUGGCCCGAGCUGGCCGAAGUGGCACAGCCUACUCCCUGGUGGCUCCAGAUGAGGUCCCGUACCUGCUGGACCUGCAUCUGUUCCUGGGCCGCUCCCUGACCCUCGCCCGUCCCCACGAGGAGCCCACGGGUGCAGGCGGUGGCAGGGAUGGUGUGCUAGGCCGGGUGCCGCAGGGCGUGGUGGAUGAUGAGGACUGCGGUCUUCGGACCACUCUGGAGGCGUCGCUGGAGCUGUGGAGUCUGGGCCGCGUGGCCGACAAUGCCCAGCAGCAGUAUGUGCGCUCUCGACCGGCGCCCUCGCCUGAGUCUAUCAAGAGGGCCAAAGAGUUGGACCUUGCUGGGCUGGGCCUGCACCCCCUCUUCAGCUCACACUUUCAGGAGGAGGAGCUGCAGCAGCUACAGCUGGUAGACAGCAUUAGGAACUACCGCUCCCGCACGACCAUCUUUGAGAUCAACGCCUCCAGCCGGGACCUGAGCAGCCAGGUGAUGCGUGCCAAGAGGCAGAAGGACCGAAAAGCCAUUGCCAGAUUCCAGCAGGGGCGGCAGGAGCGGCAGGAGAGCCCGGCCGGCCCAGCCCUGAGCCUCCAGGCACCACCAGAAGAGCAGCCUGAGGAGGAGGAGAAGGAGGCAGCAGGAGAGAGUGUAGAGGACGUCUUCACAGAGGUCGUGGGCCAGAAGCGGCAGAAGCCAGGACCUGACCGGGGAGCAAAGAGGCGGAGGGACGAGGCCCGGCAGCGGGACCAAGCGUUCUACGUCCCCUACCGGCCCAAGGACUUCGAGAGCGAGCGGGGCCUGAGUGUCGGUGGGGACGGGGGAGCCUUUGAGCAGCAGGCGGCUGGCGCUGUCCUGGACCUGAUGGGGGACGAAGCCCAGAGUCUGACCAGGGGCCGGCAGCAGCUCAAGUGGGACCGGAAGAAGAAGCGGUUUGUGGGACAGUCAGGACAGGAGGACAAGAAAAAGAUCAAGACAGAGAGUGGCCGCUAUAUCAGCAGCUCCUACAAGCGGGACCUAUACCAAAAGUGGAAACAGAAACAGAAAAUCGAUGAUCGUGACUCAGAAGAGGAAGGGGCUUUUGACCGGCAAGGCCCAGAGCGAAGAGGUGGGAAGCGUGGCCGAGGGCAAGGUGCAUCCCAGCCCCGCACCCCUGACACCCCCGCAGGCCGAGUGCGCUCAGAGCUCAAGACCAAGCAGCAGAUCCUGAAGCAGCGGCGCCGAGCCCAGAAGCUGCGCUUCCUCCAGCGUGGUGGCCUCAAGCAGUUUUCUGCCCGCAACCGGCGCCGUGCCCAGGAGCUGCAGCAGGGUGCCUUCGGCCGGGGCGCCCACUCUAAGAAGGGCAAGAUGAGGAAGAAGAUGUAAGGAAGGUGACCCGGCCCCGUGGUUCCUCAGUUUGUCAAAACAUGGACAUCCACAGUGUUCCCCUGUACCACUGUGUGCCUGGCCCUGAGCUGGGCUCUGGAGAAGCUCCCUACAGGAACUGAUCUGUGCAGAGGAGUUCUGUACUGCCACAGGGGGCAGCAGCUGCCUCUUUCUAUGACAGGGCACCUUUGAGCAGGGUGUUGAAGGGUGCAUAGGAGUUUGCCAGCAAGGCCAGACAGGCCAAGACCUGAGUUCGCAACUCAGUUGCUACUGUUUCCGUGUGUUCAGGGUUCAGAGGUCUUGGCCACAGGGGUUUGAGCCCUGGGCGCCUGAGGCCCAAUGAUGUAUUUUUAACAUAAUAAACCUCUGUUGAGCACCUCCA